UUCCACCUGUGAGCACUAACGAUCCGAGAACGGGCACCCGAACAGGUGGUACCGCGGCACACUCAGCAGCAGUCAGUCAGUUGUUUUCUUCGGCAGCAUCGACUUGGCGAGCGGACAAGUACCAGCACCGUUUAUUCGUUCCGAUCUAACGGCGAUUGAUCGAUCUUCGAGAUCCACCCGAAAUUGCGAUUGUGCCCCCACAAACUAGACACUGGAUAAGUGCCGAAUGACUCUUUUGAUUGGUUGGUGACUCUGUUUUUUGCGCCCGGAUCCAAUGGAUUACUACGCGAAUUUUGGAUAGUGGCGUUAGAUCAUGACCCUCCAAGAUGCCUCUGCUACUCGCACGGCAGCUUUCAAGCGGCUCGCUGGCCGCCAUUGUGGAGAAAUGCCAGCGACAGCCGAGUCAGUCGCCGCCCCCCGACUACGAGCUCCAACUUAGCAACAGCCAUCUCGAUCUGCUGUUGCUGUCCAAGCCGCCCAAACUCACGCUGCCAAGCGAUGAGGGCUUCGAGAGCGACAUCGACACGAUUUCGCUGCUCAGCAGCGAGAACGAGACGUUCGCCGGGGACAAGUUGGCGGCAGCGGCUCCGCUCACCGAAACCGACAGCGCCAAUGGCGGCUCGGGCACCGAGAGCGAAACUGAGACUGAGAAAACCAACACGCUGACGCAGAAGAACGUCAACUGCAUCAAGGAGGGCCUGGAGAAGCAAGCGGCUGUCGUCGCCUCCUCGUCUAGUCGCGAGAGCUUCGAUCUGGGCGACUGCAUUUGCUACGCUGACGUCAACUACCCGGACGUGUUGGUGUUUGUGAUCAAGCAGGAGGCGCUGGUGUUCAAGUUCGCCAACUUGGAGAAGCUGCAGACGUUCUACACCAACUUCACCACCUUGAAGGCGGUGGCCAACCAGAGAGCCUACAGCGCGAGCGGGCUGGGGAAGCAGUCGAACAAGUACAACCUGCUGCAGCGCACCGAUCACAACGGCGUCACUCACAUCGAGAUCAAGAAGCAGCCCAAUGUGGCCUCCAUCCAGGACGCGCCCAAGAGGGCUCUGGAAGCCCCCCAGGCGAGCCCCAAGGGGAAAGACGUGAACACCAGGCAACGGGCCCAGAGCAAGCUGAUCAGCGACGUGAAGUUCAACACGGUGGGCCCGAAGCCGCGAAUCGUGCGGAGCAGCUCGAUUGAGAACAUCUUGCACAUCGAUAGAGGCCAUCUAGUCAAAGGCGCCGAUACAGCGGGGGGCCUGAGAAAGGUCUGGAACUCGGCGGAGGAUCUUCUAGAUUCGGACAGUCCCCGCCGGCCAGAGCGCCGACGCAAGAAGAAGCCGGCGCCUCCUCCGCCUCAACCGGACAAGGCAGAGGACGUUUUGAGCGGGCAGUUCGUGCGCGUCAACGUCCACGUGGACCCGCUCCAACACGCCCGCCUCGUGGCGAAGAGCACGGCGAACGAGCCGCACCCGAAAAAGCUGAGCCAGAACUUCAACCUGCUGGGCAAGGCGCUGCUGCGCGCCCCCAAGCCGGAGACCGCCACCCUCAACCGGCCCCAGCGAGUGCCGCUCUACGAGAAGCACCACUCGUGGACCAACUCGGUGCCGCGCAUCCUCAAAAAGAGCUCGCGCAGCAAAAGCGAGACGCGCUGCAGCCCGCAAAGCCUCCAGCCGAUGGCCUACCGAUACAUAGACGCCAGCCGCGACUCUGUCCCCUUUCCCUGUCCACCCAAUCAGAACAACGCCAUGUUCUUGAACGCCACCGGACUGAAGUCGAGGGCGGACCCUUUGCAAGGCAAACAGAUCGACCCGAUCCAGCACCAUCCGCGCAUCUCCUUCGGCUACAACGUGCCUGGGGGGAUCAGCAAGCACCCGAUGGGUAAUCGGGUGUUCGGGCUCACGCCCAAGCUGAAGGACUUCAGCCGGGGGGAGACGCCCAUCGGCCCCAAGUGGGGCAGCGCCUCCGACUUGACCUAUUUGGGCGGCGACCGCAACAACCUGAAGAGCAGCAUCAAGAGCGGCGAACCGGCCGGGAGGAAGAAGAACGAGAAGAAGGUGACGUUCAGCGCUUACACCACUGUGCAGGUGGUGUAGCGCGCUUUCGGGGCGCGGAACACACGCGGCCAUCUGGGAUCGGAGGAGAAAGUGAAAUUCGCACUCAGCAGCGAGGAGAAAAACCUAACAUCCGUCUAAACAAGAUCAAGAUGCCUUUGGGUUAUGUAGCGGGGACACGAGGUGUGACCGAACUCGUCCACAUUGGACGCUCGACUGGGUCUAGCUGGAAGCUGUGCGUGUGUGACCAAAAUGCAGACAUUUGGAAAUCCGCUGGACGUUUUUGAUUGACUCUCGGAGUAGAAUCAAAAAUCUCCCAGAACUCUCCCCCAAGCUCUAAUUUCAUCUUUUCCACGGAAAAAAAUGAAUUUUUGUUAUAAAAAGUGUAUAUUUAAACAGGGUGUUCAAGAUAAGGAUGUCGCAAUCGGAGGCGUUUCCAAAGAAGAAGUUUUCUGUGUUUUUUCGGACUUGUUGGUCAUUUUUGAAGUAAUUUCAAGUCACAUGGCCCUCUGAGGGCGCAACUUCUUUCUAAUUUACCCCACUUAUCUCGGACAGCCUGUACAGUGUCCCACUCAGGACGGAAACAGCCCAGUCUUUUAUUCACAUUCUGGUACAAAAAUUUGCUAAAAUACAGGGCCGUUUCCAUCCCCAGGCCCUCAACACUGUCGUAGUUGUAGCCCAUGUACAUAUGUAUAAUUAUGUAUAAACCUUGUAUGUAUUUGAGGCUGAAAGUCUCAGGCCGAGUUUAUACAUGUGGCAUUUCAAUAAAGCGAUUUUGAUUCAG